CCGCUUACGCCGGAGCUGUCAAUCAAGAGGCGCAGGAGCUACUGCAGGUGCAGAGUAGUGCACUGAGGCUAGCCACCGCAGCGAAGCCGAGGAUAAAACACACACUGCAAGAUGGCGUCUGCAAAUGCCACAUAUGGACAGAAAGAGUCCACGGACCAGAACUUUGAUUAUAUGUUUAAAAUCCUCAUUAUUGGCAACAGCAGCGUAGGAAAGACUUCCUUCCUUUUCCGCUAUGCAGAUGACUCCUUCACACCAGCUUUUGUCAGUACAGUGGGCAUCGACUUUAAAGUGAAGACCAUCUACAGGAACGACAAGAGGAUAAAGCUUCAGAUCUGGGACACUGCUGGUCAGGAGCGCUACAGGACAAUCACCACAGCGUACUACAGGGGGGCCAUGGGCUUCAUCCUCAUGUAUGACAUCACCAAUGAGGAGUCCUUCAACGCUGUGCAAGACUGGUCGACUCAGAUCAAGACGUACUCGUGGGACAACGCUCAGGUCCUCUUGGUGGGCAACAAGUGUGACAUGGAGGAUGAGCGAGUGGUGGCAGCAGAGCGAGGCCGACAGCUCUCAGACCAGCUGGGUUUCGAGUACUUCGAAGCGAGCGCUAAAGACAACAUCAACGUGAAGCAGACCUUCGAGCGCCUGGUGGACAUCAUCUGUGAGCGGAUGUCGGAGAGUCUGGACAACAACGACCCGACCGUCACCGGAGCCAAACAAGGGCCACAGCUCACCGAACAGCCGCAGAGGUCCCAUCAGGAUUGUGCUUGUUAAACAUCAACACUAACGCACAAUCACUGUCCACCGUCCUAAAAUCUCAGUUUAUCUAUCUCUUCUUUUCUUUCUCAUACAGAGACACACAGGUGUAUACGUACAAACACUGCCAUACAGAGAUACACGAUGCACCCCUGUCACUAAACCCACUCUGCUGUUGUCAGAUUCACAUCUUCUGAAAACUUCUGUUCAUUACAGUUUUGUCAUAUGUCAGAGGGGUGAAGAACAUGUAUACCAGGUAGUUUUUCCUGUCAUACUCGUGUACUGUACACACAACACUAUAACUUCACAGAAUAAUAUAGUUACACAGUAAGCCCCAUUUUCACGGGUCUGUUAUUACUUUGGAAUGUUUGUAAUUUGUAAAGGAAAAGUUACUUACCUAUCAUAUUCUACCAGACAAAGAGGUUAUUUGAUCAUAUCAGUCCUGUUUGAGAUCUACAUGUGAUUUCAUGUGAUUCUUGUAAGGUUUUUUGGUUUCUCAGCGCCUUUAUUUUGCCUCUUUUUCCUGUUGAGGAUUACUGAGGCCGCCUUGGGAAUUCUGAGAGUUGGAGACUCAUGGCAGCAUCCAGUAAACAACUUUGAACUACAAUUACUAUUCAACAUCUAAAGCUAUUAUACGGUAGCCUUUUAAUUGCAACUUUUGGCUGUACUCUGCAAAUAUGCUGCACAUAACGCAGCCAUGAGGCGUAUUUUGUAAUAAAUUUCACCUGAAGUCCAUUGGUAAUACCCGUCCUGUGUGAAUAGGGCUUUAACUGAUCUUUCCGUCUAUAAGUCGGGGUUAAACUCCUCUCCUCCAGCCCCAUGUCCCACUUGGCACCAACGCCUCAAACAUGAAUGCAUUCAGAUAAUUUUAAUUGUUUGCUUUAGUCUCACGUGUGUUGCUGUGAUAGAGUUGCUGGGUGUGGUUUUGAGCAUGUGAAAUCACCUGUCCUUCCCAGUGUCGUGACUGAGCAUAUGAUCCGAGUUCCAAAGCAAAGGAGGGAUUUUAGGAAUAAAAAGAGCAGAGUAUGUUUGAUUUGCACGUGUUUGUGUACUUACAUGGGGUUUGGGUUUUGUGUUUGUGGUGGGAGACAGUUGUUCGUUAACAUUAGCAGCGUUUCUAAGCUAACAGUAACUGUGGUUCCAUAAAAUGCCAAUGGAAUUAGAAGUUACAACAAAGUAAAUGCGUUACCAUAAAUGGGUACAGUUGUUAUCACUAUCGCUUCACAACAAGAAGGUCCUGGGUUCAAUUCCAGCACCAGUUGCGUGGGUCUUUCUGCAUGGAGUUUGCAUGUUCUCUUCAGGUUUUCCAGCUUCCUCUAAAGACAUGCACCUUAUUAGAUUAACUGUUCAAUCUAAAUCACCCAUUGGUGUAAAUGUCAGAGUAAAUGGUAUAAAUGUAGCUGGGAUAGGCUCCAGUACCCCUGUGAUCCUCACGAGGAUUAAACGGCUCAGAAAAUGGAUGAGUGGGUUUGAAGGAAGUAAAAUAAGCUGUGCAGUAUCAUCAUCCUGUUGCGACAUAGGCCACAUUAUACACACGGCUAUAAUAAGCAGAACAGAAGGUGUGUUCGGUUGCUGUUGUCAACCUCAAACAGCCAUAGUAUAUUUCGCGGUAAGGAAGAUUUGGGAGUUAUGGACAGAUUAGUAAAAUAAAUGUUUAAGCAUCUUACAGGAAUAUCAUAGACAGCAGCUAAUCAGUAAUGUGAGAUAAAUGAUUAGAAAUGUGAAAAAGAAGGAUCCCACUUAAAAAUAUGCCUCAAAUGUGUUUAAGGAAAUGCAGUUAUGGUUACUGCUGAAACAGAAGAGACCCAAUAAGGAGCUGAGGAGCACUUGUGGAGAAAUGACUCCUCAUUUUUAUUAAAGGUGUUAUCGUAGCUGUAGGCCUAUGAAACCGUUUUCAGCUUAGAAACGAGUUCGCUGAUGUAACCACUUCCCUCCCAGCGCAAAACAAAACCAAACACACUUCAUUCAACACAUUAUCACAUUCCAGUUUUACAUAUUGAACCUUUAACUUCACUUUCCCCAUUUUUUUAAGCAUUCUUAAAUUAAUUUUAAGCGAGAAUUCUCUGUGGAAGGCGAUGCUUUUUACUUUGGUCUAUAUUUAGAAGCUGCGUGUAGUCCUUAAAGGCCACCAGAUUUUAGAUUUUUAAUUUUUUUUUUUUUAACUUUUGUUAUGAUUUUUUAACAGAUAUAAUAUUAAUAAUAAUAAUAAGGGAUGUCGUUUACAACAUGGAAGAAGAGUGUAUAAAUGUUUAAACUGAGAAGAGCACAUUUUAAAAUGCAUAUAUAAUAUUAUAUAAAUAUAUGAUCAACAUAAACCAUAUCAAUGAUUCGCUGAAUUCCUACCUGUGCUUUAGUGAGAGGUGCAUGUCGAUGUUUCUUGAUGGUUGACUGAACGGUUAUUUAUACGAGCUGUCGUCUGAACUUAAACCCCAUUAGUCCCACGAUUUCAGAGUUCAAAGUGGGUCCAAGGAUUUCACAUUAAACCUGUGGAACUUUGUCAUUGUGUUCACUAUCAUUCACAGAAUACAGUGUGCAACAUGCAGUCACUAGAAAGGCAUGUGAUUCAGCGUGAGCACUGAUACACCACAGGGCUGCAGCCUCCAUCCACACUGUCGAUGGUUGAUGAUAUUUUCACUUUUGGUUUUGAGGGAACACAAUGUUUUAAGCAUGUUAAAUGUCAAAUAGUGAACAGAAUUCUCUCAUGUUAAGGUUAGGGAUGUGUCUGCUUGUGUUCUAAACCUCCUGUAAGUCAUGCAUUCGAGGUGCUCUGAGGCAUGCAACAUAUUUUAACACCUAAGUUAUUAAAAAAAAAAAAAAAACAAGCUUCUAAUUUAUUUUAUAUUAUUUAUAUAAAUUAUCUUUGAGUGUUCUUCCUAGAUUAUGCAUUGCGAUCUGCACUCUACUUUUUAAAGAGAUGUUCAGUAGUAUUCAGAACGUCCCUGCUUUACAGUCAAAGUGUAUGUUUACAGCGAACUGAAAGCUUCACUCCUCGACAAGAAAGUAAAACAUUCCAGCGUCCGAGCCUCUUAUCACAUCCACACGACUUCGGUGGGAAGUUUGUUUGUCUUUUGAUAUCAGUUAUGUAACUCCUAAAACUCUGUUGUGUAAAGCAGACUGUUCUUAACAGAGCAAUACUAGCCCUCUCCGUCCACGCCCAAAUAUUAGCAACGUACAGCCCUGCUGAAGGUUUGUAACUCUAACAGACUGUUAGUGGGUGUGAGAUUGUACAGUGUGUAUAAAGGCUUUAGGCAGUCAUGCUCAAUGUUCUUUCCAAAGAGAUCUUACCAUUAAAUAAAAGCCAAAUAGAGUUAUUGUUGAACAAACCUGACUAACCUGCCCGGUAGUGUUUUCCUGUUCUGCUCAGUAGCCACAAAAAUGGAAAUGUUGUUCGGAAAGCAAACUGAAUACUCUGAACACUUCAUUUAAAAAAAGGACUUUUACUGCAUCGGUUCACUUUUGAUUGUUUAAUUUUUGUUACUUUAUUUAUUGCAUUUUGCUACAGUUGUAAACUUGCUGAUGACUUAGGAACACGAAUCAAACCUGUCCGUCUUUGUCAUAAUAACCCUGACUGUAAAUAGGACUUUUCUGCCCGUUGGGUAUUAGUUGUGUGAAUUGUGCUGUAAUUCUAUAAUGCCAGAUUUGCUAAAAUAAGGGAUCAAUCAAUAAAAUCUGAAAGCUGGA